AUGAGAAGCGACGUAGGAGUGUCGGUCUCGCUGCAGGUCGACCGAGAGGACAUGCAUGAGUACAAUGAUCCUGCGGAAGACGAUGACGAGGUCUGGGUCAAAUACGUGGAAUCAAAGGCCGGAAGUCAAUUCGCAGUCAGGAUCGUUCUCGAGCCAGACUUCCUCUAUCCUCAAGAAGAUAUCGUCGCCGAUGUCUAUGUCGAUGGGAAGAUGAUUGCUGGUAGGUUCAUGAGGCGAAGCAGUUAUUGGAAAACGACUCUAGAGGGAGUAGAGAGUAGGACAGGCGGCCAGUCAUACCUACAGAGGUUCUGUUUCGCAGAACUCGAGACCAGUAGGUAUGUUCCAGGUUUAUUUUGUGGUGGCAUGCUAAGCAUUCGUAGGCGACGCAGCAGUGAAGGGUGCUUCGAAAGAAGACCUGCAAGGACUGGGCACCGUUAAGGUCGCGCUGACUCGAUGCAUCAGAAUGGAACAGCUCGAUAUCAAUGAGAAGCGCGGCAGGGAAGCAAACGAGAGCAAGACGAUAUCCGAGAAGAGCUUGAAAGGCCGUGCCAUCUCCAACCGUAUUUCGUAAGUCGUAAAAGAGAGCAAGCCCAUCUCUCGUGGCUAACAUCGUCACAGUUUUGCUGCCAAAGAGAAAUGCCGCACAGCGAACUAUCAUGCCGCAACAUAUCCAUUUGGAAAGAAGCCGUUCGCAGAGUUCAAGUUCAAAUACCGCUCUCGCCGUAGGUGCAUACUGUAGCCGAUCUAUCCAGAGCUAUCUGACCACUUCGCAGGUGACCUCCAAAUUGAGGGCAUCUUGGAGAGGAGCCCUUCUCCGACCCCACUCGAAGAGCGCGACCCCGACACCCUCACCCGCGAGGAGCUGCGACAGCUGCUUGACCGUCGCAACCAUGAGCUCCAAGACUACAACCGUAUUAAGAGGGAGAAGCGUGAGCGAUCUGUCACAACCGGCGGUGCUGCUGACGACGAUGACGACGACGUCACUUUUACUGGCAGUGGUCCGUCCAAGCGUCACCGCGUCUCAGACGAUUCAGGAGUGGACAUCAUAGACCUUACGGACGACUAA